AUGGAGUUGAUACGCAAAAAAAUGAAACCCUACCAACCGUCGGAACAGCUGGUGGUGCGUGACAGCGUCAGUCUCAGCAUGGACGAGGACCUAAGCGAUGACGUGGAGGACGAAGUGUUCAUCCGGGAUGGGCGCACCUGCCGGACGUACGAGGACCGAGGCGCCAAGCGGCCACUGAUGGCACCGAGACGCAAGUACGGCAAAGCAACAAGUGGCAACGGGAGUACGGGUGGGGCCGGGGCGAAUGGUGGUCGCUCCGCAAGCCCCAUCCUGAAGAAGUAUCGCCGCCGGAAGUGCUGGAAGUGUUGCGAACCCUUCUGCUACGGGUUGGCCGCGGUGACGGUUCUUAUCGGACUAAUCGUACUGGCCGCUCUUCUGCUGACAGCGUUCCCUCAACCACUGCAGAAGAUCAAGGUGUGGUUCCACAAAGAGUCCGCCUUCAGCAGUGCCGUCAUCCGGGACAAAUUCUCCAGCCUGAUGUACACCGCGGAUGGUUCAUCCUUCGCUAACGGAUCCUUAGAGAUGGUCCCGUGCACACAGAUCACCGUACAGAACGUCUGGACACGUGUCGUAGCCCGUGUGAACAGCGAAAGUCCCCUCCGGAUGUUGGACGCCAACGGAGACGGUGUAGAAGACGUCAUCGUUGGUUACGGAAUCGACGAAAUGCUCGAUGAAGGGGUGCGUGGUUACAUCCCCCAGUGCACGUCCCGGAAAACUGGCAUAACGGAUCUCUGUGGUGGUGGCCUGUUGGCCCUGAACGGCAUCAACGGUGACACACUCUGGCAACGGUGGACUUCGUUUACGAUCUUCUCGUUGAAGUGUAACAUCGACAUCAACGGGGAUGGUGGGCAGGAUUGUGUGGCCGCGGGCCGGGGUGGAUUGAUUCUGGCCAUCGACGGACACACCGGGCGUAUCCUGUGGGAGCUAAAGGAUUACUCGGAUCUCGAGAGUUACGCGGAGAUCAGCAUCGAUCUGUACACGAUCAACGUGGUGCGUGACCUGAACAGUGACGGUGUGUCGGACAUUAUUGCGGUGCAUGUGGAAGAGACCCAGCGUGCCCACGGUGGCCACAUUAAGCUGAUUUCGGGUGCAACCGGUGCGAUCCUGCGCAGCAUUCCCACACCCUACCGAGAGGAGAUGUUCGUGCCUAUACAGGUGUUGGCGCGACCGGAUGGUACGGAAGCGUUUCUGGUGAUUACCGGUGGGCAGAAUUCGCCCGGAGGUGUUUACGUGUUGGCACAGGAACACCUCAUGAAGUAUCCCGGGGAGAGUGCGUUCGAACCGAUCGUGCGGUUGGAAUCUUCCGGGUUUAUGGUACCGGCGGUGUUGGCUGAUUUGAAUGGGGACGGCGUUGAGGACAUUACGGUCAGCUCGUUCAACUCGACCGUGUUUGCGUUUGAUGGCGCAAAUAAGACGCUACUGUGGUCCUUCACGAUCGCGGACUCGGAGAGUGUGAGUUCGAUCGUCCCUGGGCACUUUGAUCAUGACAACGUGACGGAUUUUAUGGUGAAGUACAACACAGGGCCUGGCUUUCCGAUCUACUACUACUCGCAAACGGCGAUCAUCAACGGUACGAACGGGAAACCGUUCCUCGACAACUCCAUCAAGGAUGCUGGUGGACCUAAUGGACUGCUCGGUGGAAUUAGCAUUUCGCAAACCGGUGGGGGAGAUUUUUUCCUGCACUGGCAAAUGCAAUGUCACAAUCACACCACGGACACCACGGAUGAGUACCAAUUUCUGCCCGAAAGUGACGUCAUCCAGCAAUCGAGAGCGGACACCUGCGCCCUACGGUACAAUCAAUCGUCGGUGUUGAAGCUGUACGCGAUCACGCGCCACGUGGAACCACCGGGAGCCAUUAUUUUCACCACGGAUGACCUUACGAUCCGGUUGAACGAAACGGGUGUGUCGGAACAACCACCGGCCCCGGGUUAUGUGGCCCCAAUGAAACACCCAAAGAUGAAGCUGAAGAGUCGCAACGAUGGCCAGAGUAGUGCUGCAAUGCGCAAAAGCUCGGUCGAGGCACCAGCCAUCGGAAGUCAAUCGACUGGGCAAGUGACCGAUGUGCAUAUGGACAAAAAGCUGGCUUCACCACCGCAGACAGGUGUUCCUGUGGGGGUGGUGAUGGAUAGUCCCGGACAGGCUGCGUCUGUGUCACACGGUGGAAGGAGAAAGGACUCGUUCCACGUGGCUCAACCGGCGUUGGCUCAGUCGAUCGAUACGCUCGCGGAGGAGGAAGUGAAACGACAGGAAAAGCUGGCAUUGAACAACGUGUACAAAAAGUACAUCUACAAUUCGAAUGAUGAGGACGCCGAAAGGGACCUCGGAGGUGCUUCUGGGUUGGAGGAACCGGCGGGUAGGCCGGACGAUCGGAAACCGUACAUUUAUCUGCCUUACGAACAGCUGGAACAGGACACGCGCAAUCCCUUCAUGACGAAUCAACUGCCACCGGCUCCAGGGGGAAGUCUUGAUUAUGAGUACGGAGCACCGGUUUUGGAGGAAGAUGGACGGCCAGUUCCACCACCCUACAAGCGACCACGCUAUCGAUCCAGCGGACGUGACGUCAGAAGCAAGUUUGGUGUUUUCGACGACAUCGAGCUGCACGAUCGUUCACUAGAGGAGCAAGUUCUCAACGAGUCCAACCCAAACUCGCAGAUCGUGAAGAAGGUGCUGUUGAACGACGAGAUCAUUGACGACCUGAAGAACGCCGACCCGGGCAGCAAAGGAUCGAAGGAGACGCUCUGGGAUUUGGAGAUGGAAAAGGAAGCCAAGGAAGCGAUGAAUGACGUUAACGCGAUGAAUUACGAGUACGGCAACAAGGCAAAGCGACAGAUUGUGUCAACAACUGGAUCGAUGGCAAAUACGGUUGUAACAAUGUCCAGCCCAAUAACGACAACAACCCGCCCAACCGGACAACGCCCGAUGGCACUUCCGAACGAGAACAUUCUGCCCUCAAUCUCGUCGACUGGCUUGUUACUGAAAUCGGUCAGUAGCCCCGGUGCGGCCACUUCCUCGACGACGGCUUCCACACUCAACGCCAAUCCGACCAUCGACUACGUGUUUGUGAUGAACAUCCGAGAGUCCGAACGGUAUCCGCCACUGUUUCUGGACUCCGACUUGAGCUGCAUACAGGAGAAGCUGCAGGCGUACCGGACUUAUCGCAGUGAGGACAUGCUGCAGCUCGAGAAGAAGUUCCUGGGGCAGUGUCUGAAGGCGCGGCUACCGGACAUGUCACCGCCGUACCAACGGUUCGAGACACAGAUCAUUAUCACGCGGCUGGAAAUUGGUUGCGCCUGCAGUCCGGAUCUAAAUCCGACACGUGAAGUUUGCUCGAAGCUGCACAGUUACGAUCAGCAGCGAUGGACGCAGUACAUGGGUAACGAAGGGCACGGACGAUACUGAAACUGCGCCGGUGAGAAGGAACGGAUCUACUG